AUGGAAAUCACAACUUCUGUCUAUUGCAUUUGUCCUUCUUCUUAUCCAUGCUCAAAGUUGCCGCUGCGCCGUUCAUGUAUGCUCCUUGGAAGAAUUGGAAGACGAUGGGCUCAAUUUAUUAAUCCUCUCCCUACCCUAUGCAACACCAAUGGCUACGCAAACAACGCCUCCAGCUCCAGCAGUAGCACUGAUGCACCGAUGAGGCGUUCGAGAUCGUGCACUGAUGUUGCUGCUGCAUUGGCGGCGGCGGCGACAGAGUUCUAUUCCCCAUCUUUUACCUCAUUUCACCAGUCGACGCCUGUUUCCCGUUGGCCGGUUGCUUUAAGGAACAAUUCCGGAGGAGUAUGUUAA